GAGGCGCGGUUGCCCCAGGGGGCCCUCGCCCCGCCCGGAUGCGGCCUGGAAACCGGCUAACAGAAUGAAGAUGAACUCCAAUGACAGCAGCGAAUCAGAGAAUGAUACUGAGGAAGAGGAGGAGGAGGAAGAAGAGUUUGCAAAUGAACACAUUAAGAGACUGGGUGGAGGAAGUAAAGAUAUGCGGCAGGAUGGCACACUUCAGGAGGGAGCUUUUGAGACAGAGGACACAUGCCUAGGGCACAAGAGUAAACACAGUUCAGGUGGGAAAAGUGAUCUGGCGACGGUCUCACUGAUCGAUCUGGAAGAACAAAUGGCAGAAGACUAUGAAGCAGAGACCACUCCAAGAAAGAAAAAGAGAAAACACAGGCUGCUGUCUAUCAACCUGACCAACUGCAAGUAUGAGAGCGUGAGGCGUGCUGCCCGACACUGUGGUCUAAAAGAAGUGGGGGAGGAUGAGGAGUGGACGGUGUACUGGACUGACUGCUCGGUCUCUCUGGAGCGCGUCAUGGAAAUGAAGAGGUUUCAGAAAAUCAACCAUUUCCCGGGGAUGACAGAGAUCUGCCGGAAGGACCUGCUGGCCCGCAACCUCAACCGCAUGCUCAAACUCUUCCCCAAAGAGUACAGCAUCUUCCCCCGCACCUGGUGCCUGCCUGCUGACUAUGGAGAUUUCCAGGCCUACGGGCGCAUGAGGAAAAACAGGACGUACAUCUGCAAGCCAGACAGUGGCUGCCAGGGGAGGGGCAUCUUCAUAACCCGCAACCCAAAGGAGAUUAAACACGGGGAGCACCUGAUCUGCCAGCAGUACAUAUCCAAGCCCUUCCUUAUUGAUGGCUUCAAAUUUGACCUGCGAAUCUACGUCCUGGUCACAUCCUGUGACCCCCUGAAGAUUUUUGUCUAUGAGGAAGGGCUGGCCCGGUUUGCCACCAUGAGGUACAUCGAGCCCAGCAGCAGCAACCUGGAUGAUAUCUGCAUGCACCUAACCAACUAUGCUAUCAACAAACAUAAUGAAAACUUCAUCCGAGACGACAUGAUGGGCAGUAAGAGGAAACUGUCUACCUUGAAUGCCUGGAUGAUGGACAACAGCUGCAACACAACAGAACUCUGGGAAGACAUUGAGGACAUCAUUAUAAAGACCCUUAUCUCAGCCCACCCUGUUCUGAAGCACAACUACCGCACCUGCUUCCCCAACCACAUCACUGGCUGUGCCUGCUUUGAGAUUCUGGGCUUUGACAUCCUGCUAGACAGAAAGCUGAAACCCUGGCUGCUGGAGGUGAAUCACUCGCCCAGUUUCACCACGGACUCGCGCUUGGACCGAGAGGUGAAGGACGCUUUGCUCUGUGACACCAUCAAGCUGAUAAACCUGCGAGCCUGUGACAAGAGGAAGGUGCUGGAAGAGGACAAGCGACGGGUGAAGGAGCGACUCUUCCAGGCCCACCAGCCACCUCGUGAAGCCAGACGUGAGAAGUUAGAGAGCAGCCAGGCGGCCUGGCUGGCCCAAGCGGAGAAGUAUGAGAACACGCACCUGGGAGGGUACCGGCGCAUUUACCCCACGCACGAGACAGACAAGUAUGAGCCAUUCUUCAAGCACAGUGGCUCCCUCUUCCAGGAGACGGUGGCUUCCAAGGCAAGAGAGGAGUGUGCCAGGCAGCAGCUGGAGGAAAUUCGCUUGAAGCAAGAGCAACGAGAGGUUACUACUGGGAAGAAGAAAAAGGAGCGAAAGGAGAACCUGCAGGAAAAGUCCGCUGGGGAGAAAUCCCGCAUCCGCAGCAAGGCCAAGGCUCCUCCCACUCGCCUCACCUACAACAGCGCCAGGACCUGCGACAGGAAGGUGCAGCAGAUGGUGUUUGACUCCAUGCGGCCCCAGGAGAUAGUGGAAGAUGAGGAAGUAGAGAGAAUCAAGGCUCUUCUGCAGCGCGAAAACCUCAUACGGGGUCUGGGCAUCGUGGAUCAGCUCUCUCGGCUGCUUCACACAACUGAGCCCAGGCCUGUGGAUGUCCACAGGCCCCACAUCAAUAUCUCCGAGAGCCAGGUAAAGGUGGGCUGCUUAGAGGCAUCUCCCAGGGCUAGUGCAGUAGUUAGUGUUCUUGGUGAUCCUGCACACACAGGAGCAGGAGGAGCUGAGGACACGGGGCACCGCUGGCCUGGAGAAGUUCCUCUCGCUGGGGUAAGUGAGAAAUGAGGGCUGGGGCUGGGUCCUUGGGUUGGCCUGUUUUUAUGGUAAUUUUUCCUGUGUUCAAAAGGGUCAAAAAGUGAUUCCUUAGGGACACCUCAAGAGCUCAGAGGAGGGUCCAGGCUCCUGACAUGAGGGGUCUCAUCUUAUCAGCAUCCCAUGGAACAGAACAGAGGAGCCUGCUCUCUGAAUAUGGAAGUGCUGCCUCUGGACCCCACAAGUCCCAAUGUGCAGUACAGCCUGCUGUCCUGGCUCGAGGCUGAGCUGUGCAUACUGGAAUAUCUGGUCUCAGUGCCCUUGUCUUCACUAGGGAACACAGGUGUGUUCCUCACCUGAGGUAGCAAACAGGAGUAAAAGCCUUGUGAAAAAGAGGAGCUGCUCUGCUGGAGAAGAAGGGGCUGUUGUUCUCGGCCAGCUCUACACUACAGUUUUGUCAGCACAGCUGUGUUGGUGAGGGAUGUGAAGACACACACAACCCACAGGCUCUGCUGGCAGAACCCCGGUGUAGACACAGCUGUGCCCACAGACGAGCUCUCUGCUGGCUUAGCUAGCGUCAUUUGGGGAGGUGGCCUUUCUACAGGGGCCAAAAAAUUCCUCCUGUUGACAUAUGCUCUGCGGGCAUGGCUGCAUGGGCAGAGCCUGUGUCGUGUAGACUAGCCCAUAUAGUCACUUGUCAGACUUGAACUGCACUUGUGGUAUAUUUCCAGUGAUCAAGUGCAGGAUGUGGGGAGAGGGUUCCAGUCACAUGCCACAGGAUGGCUGGUAUUACUGCCCACGUGAGCUCCUGUAGGCACUGGAAAUGCCUUGAAUGCCCCUUCCUCCUGCAGUGAAAAAAAUUACUGUCAUCUGUAGGGAAAACAACAAGUUUGGGGAAGCCAGAGUCUCUGUCAGACACCAAGCCUUUGUCAGGGAAAACAUAUGGCCAUGAGUGUGAUGUUCUGCUGCACUCCCUGUCCUAGUGCCAAUCUUCAUAUACCAAUGAGCAGCAGCAAGAGAAUGGGGACCUACAAUGCUGGGCCAUUAGACAUCCCAUAAAGAUCAGAUCACCUUUAGAUACGGGGGCUAUUUCUCCAUUUCAGUAAUAGUUUUACUGGCUGAAGAAAGUGAACUCUGGAGUAGCUGUCUAGGAGCUGGGAGACCUAU